CUUUCGGAAGUACUUGCUUUCGGACGGUUCGAAGGGAGAUUAGUACGGGAUCAGGUGUGAUCGAUCAAAGAAGAAGCGCGCGUUAAACCGCUUACAGUUGAUUCGUAGAUAUUCUUUACGGUAUAUGGAAUAUUCCGUCGAUUAAAAAAUAUAUAAUCGUUCGGGCUCGACACGCGGUGGUAUAAAUGACGAUACGGCAAGUUGUAAUCGAGCCAUAAACCUACCGAAAUAAUUUAUGUUAAUAACUGUGAGACUUAAAGAAGAAAGAACUGUGAAAAGAUUACUUGGUUGCUCCAGUCAUCAGAAAAAAAUGUUAAGUGUGCGAAUUUAAAUUAUCGUUGGAACGUACGCGCCGUUGUCCGAGUAAGAUUAGAAUUGUCGACUGCAGUCGAGAUCGAUGAUUUUUCACAAGAUGGAACUCUACCAAAACCGCGAGAAAAUGAACGAUGCCGUUUACGAUCUUCGUCGGACACGGUCGCUUCCGAGUGAGAACGAGGCCUUCUCGCACAACAUCGAGAGAGGCUGCAUGUCACCGAGCACCAAUCGGGAGUCUAUCGAGUAUGCAUCCGAUUCCAGCUGCGAGGGUUACAGGGAGUUUCAGAAACAGCAGACCGAGAGAAGAAACUCGUCCCCGAUCGCGGCGUCUAGUGCUUUCAGUAUCGACAGCAUCCUUGGGAGAAAUGAGAAAAGGGAAAUCUCAAGAAUAAACAAUUCCGGCGAUAAGGAAGACGAUCAGGACGAGGCGGAAGACAGACUAGAGGGACACUUCGUCAAGCCCACAGCGAUACCAGCCACACGUACUGAUAUAGAAGGGAGUUUAUACACUCAUGCGGGCUUGCCGUACUCCGAAGGUGUGCUAUCCGAUUCCUCCGCAUAUUCUGCAACGUCACUCGCAUCAGCCUCGUUACUGUACAGUAGCUGGUUUGCCCAAACAAAGCCUGGACAGCUGUUUGGUUUACAAGCGCCCAAACCGAGUGGCAGGAGGUCGAGAAAACCGGGCAUCGAUCGGAAACCGCGUCAAGCUUACAGCGCGAAACAACUGGAGAGACUCGAGGCGGAGUUUAAGAUCGACAAGUAUCUCAGCGUGAGCAAGCGGAUGGAGCUGUCGAAAUGCCUGAAUCUCACCGAGGUGCAGAUCAAGACGUGGUUCCAGAAUCGCCGCACCAAGUGGAAGAAGCAACUCACGUCCAGGUUGAAGAUCGCGCAGCGGCAGGGACUGUUCCCACCGACGUACUUUCCGACCACCCAGUAUCCUCUUCUCCCGUACUACGCGGCGCCUUUGAUGUUCGGUGCCCCUUUGUCGGACGACGGGAAUUCUAGUUUGCCGACCCGGGCCGCCGUAUCGUCUUCUGAUACGGUCUGACGCAGUGCGGACUCGAACUACUUGGUCGAUCGUCGGCCGGGCGACCGCGAAGUGCAAUAAGACCUUCCGUUGGCCACUGCAGAGUCCUUGGUGUUGCUUCCCCUCUUUCCUUUUUCCUGCUCUUUUUUACAUUAUCUCGUACGGGUGUUCUUAUUCUAUAUAAAUUUAGAUACCGUUGAUAUAUAUAAUUAUAAGUACCUAUCUCGUAAAAGUGCGCAAAUCGCAAAGCGACUUCUUUCACUCACGAUGCGUCCUCGGGAUCUCUCGAUAUUAUUGAGACUUUACUGUAUAUAAAAUUUGAUUAUACACAAUUACAAAGGUUUCGUGCUUAAUA